UUCAGGAGUUUGAUGAGCAUUUGGUCUCAAAUGAACCUAUUCCGCUAUUCACCGGGUCUUUUAAACAACACAUGUAUUCAUGUUAAUGAUAUUCCUCAUGGUGUUGAUUUUCAGGGUUACAAAAUGGUGGUAGCUUGGGUAUGCUACAACGGCAACAAUGAACCAAUAGUCAAAGGAGCAAAGAUUGUUGAAUGUCUACAUGUGUACAGACUCUCAGGUUUUGAUUGAUGUGUUAUGUAAAAGCGUUCAUCCUUUUUGGUCAUUCACAAUUUUAGUUGCCGAUAUUUGGUUUCAUAGUCUUCCUAGUUGUAAGUUCAUCCAUGGAGAAUGAAGCGAUCACUGCUGCUGAACUCGCCGAAGAAGAUCGCAGCGACGUUGAAGAUGAAAUUAGCUCCGACGUCGCAAAUCUGAGUAGCUACGUUCAACUUCUGGACUACAAAAUGAGCGAAUUGAUGCGUGAAGAGAGAAGCGAAGAGGAAAUGCAGGAAUUAAAGGCCGCAAUCGAAGCAUUCAACGGAGAUCAAGAUGAAUUGAAGAAGCAGUUGUCUGAAAUACAGAUCAAAUUCGGUGAUAAACGAGGAAUCGAACAGGAGAUGCAUGGAUUGAUUAGCGAAAACAAAAUCGAAGACUCCAGUGAUGGAGUGGACCUUCAUUGUGAGACAUCUAUGAAAACUGAAGGACCGGUACGAAAAUUGCGUCGAUUGCUGAGUAAUUUUGGGGAAAGCGGUGACGAUUUGAAGAAUAAUAUUGAAAAUUAUCUGAUUAUGAAGAAGUUGAAAGAGAUGAAGAGAGAGUCUGAUCGAUCAGUUGAUAGUGACGGUACUGAAGAUGAAAUUGCUAGAAUCGUUGAAGGAAUCACACAAAAGGUGUUUGAAUUGAUAAGUAAUACUGGGAAUAAAUUGAAGAAAAAGUUGGACGAAAUACAGAAAGAGUCUGAUCGAUCCGAUGAUGACAGUGCUGAGCGCGAAGUUUGUGCAAUUGUUGAAGGACUGAUAGAACAGUCGUGUGAUUUGACACAACAGUUGUGCGAUUAUGGAAAUGAUCUGAAGAAGAAGUUGGAAGCGAUGCGGAAUGAGCUCAAUCAACCUGUUUACUGCACUGAACAUGAAGUUUAUCGUCCCACUGUUGAAGAACUGACAAAAAAGUUGUGUGACAUAGGAACUGAUCUGAAGGAGGAGUCGAAACAGUCACAGAAAGAGUCUGAUCUGUAUGAUGAUCAAGCUGAAAGUGAAACUUUCAGAAAUGCUGAAAAACUGGAACGAACGAUAUCGAAAACUGAAGGAUACAAGAACAAAAAAACAGAUGAUGAGCACAGGAGGUUGAGCAAAGAAUCGGUAAUGGCUGAAAUCGGAGGAUUCAAGAGUGAGUCUGCUGAAUUUGAGAAAAAAUCUGAUAAUAGCAUUGAUUUAGAAGUUUAUACUAAUAUAGAAGGACUUGAGGACGAGAUGUAUGCAUUGAUGCGUCAUCAAGCUGAUAAAAGUACAGAGAAAUCGGUCAAAGAACAAUAUGAUCUGAGCAAACAGAUGUUGAAAAGGCUAAUGAAAAACACUACUGACUCCGAUGAAGAAUCUGAGACAGAAAUUUCUAGCCUGCAAGCUAAUCUUGUGGUGUUGAUGUUGGAGAAAGAAAAGGCACAGGCAAAAUUUCAACAGUUGAAAUCAGAAACUGAGCUUCUGAAGCAGAGCAACUGUGAGAAGGAAAUGGAGAUAGUUGAUCUUGUGAAGAGCAAGGUGGCUGCUAUACUGGAACCAACAACUGAUGAUGAAGUGAGAGACAGAAUUGACUCAUUGUUCCAAAGCCAAAUUGAUCAGCUCAUGAAGCAAACCAAAGCAAAAAUGGUUCAAGCAGAAUCAGAAGAGAUGGAAUUAGUAACGGAUCAAAUGCACAAUGAAUUGGCGGAUUCAACAAUCACAUCUGAUAAGGCUUUGGAUGCAGAGAAGGGAUUGAAGCUGAAAUGCUCAGCAAUUGCAGUAGUCAUCACUGGAGCUGUGGCUGCUUUGGCUGCUUUUUUUUGCCUCGGAAAUGCAAAGGUACAGAGGAGAAGCAAGGACUGAACUGGUUAGUGUUCCUUACUUGGAAAUCAAGUUUCUGUUAUCUUUUAGUUGUGCUUUGGCUUUACUGUUCUAGUUUUCCUUGUUGAUCAUCCAACUGAUAGAUCUUUAGCACCUAUUCGGAAGGUAUAUAGAAUAACACAGAUGAAUAUAGAAAGUAUAUUCAUCCUUGUUCUGAUCAUAAUAAAUGACAGACUUCUAGCUAUUGAUUUGAGGAUUCCUUCUAGCUCAA